GGUUGUGGGGCCUGCGUCAACGCCAGUACAUUUGUAGCCUUUUUUCGGCUUAGCUGCCAAGCGGCUCGCCCCGCGGCGCCUCCAGCGGCGGCUCGCCCCGCGGCGCCUCCAGCGGCGGCUGCCCCGCGGCGCCUCCGGCGGCGGCCGCCGAGGGCUGCCCCGCGGCGCCUCCGCCUCCCGCGCCGACAGAGGCGCUUCGCAGCGCCGCGCUGGCAUGGCUUACUUGGCCGCGCUGGCGGCGCAGGCUGCGCCCGAGCCUCGGGCUCGGCGACGAGCUGGGCGGCAAGGGCGGUCGUCCGCGUUGCCGAUCAGCACGAGGCUGGAGAUGGGCGCGCGCAUUGGCGCUUGGGUCGAGGAGCAAGCAGGAGCUGGCAUCCACUACACUCGCAUGCCGUGGGGUGCCCUCGCCACCAACAUGUUCAACCUGACGCCCUCCAAUGCCGUGGCGUGCCGGCUGAAGCGGGUCUACGCGGAGUGGGCCGGCAAGAGCAAGGCUGGGCGCCUGACCCCAGCAGGGGCGGGCGCGGAGGACCGGCAGCAGAGGAGGCGGCGGUCGGACGACCCGCAGGAACGCAGCCAGCUCCAGCGCAUGUCCUCGUUGAUUGGGUUCGGCGUGUUGUGCACGCCGAACCCAAUCAACGACACGGACACGCGUGUUGUGCACGAGGUUUGGACGGUUUCUCGGAAGGGCUUCGGCGACCCCGUCCUCCUCCUCCUCCUCCUCCUGGACUUUUCGCCGUUUCUUCGUGGAGUUUUUCGUGGACCUCCUAUCCUCGAAGGUUUUUCUUCGAGUUUGGCCUCAGGGGCCCGUUGUCGGGCCCGAGCUUUAAAACCAACCCUGGGGAGCCUCCUAAGUCGCCUACGGCCCCGGGGGAAACCGUCCACCACGAGGGAGUUCGAGUGGACUCUCUUCGGCCAGGCCUGGGCGACGGAGGGCGGCCGGGGAGGAGCGGCGGACGCCGCCGCCGCCCUGCACCGGCUCAUCAACCAGUGCGCCCCUGGCGGCGCGGACCUGUUCCGCAGACGGUGGCAGCCUCCCGCCCUGCUGGAGACGUGCGGCAUGGUGGCUCCGAAAGCGUUCGUGUACGCGAUCAUUUUGCUUAGCACGUGGCUUGGGCCAGAGGCGUACCCAGAGGGCGUGCACGAGUGGCCGCCUGCCAUCCCUGCCGCAGUCACUGCGGGGUAGUGCUAGUGCUUGCAGCUCGCCGCCCGAAUGUCCGCACAUUGGGCACUGAGCUGUCCGGCAGGGUAGGCGGCCGAAAAAAGAAGAAACAAC